AUGUUGGAAAAGGCUGAUAGUGACAACGAGUCCUCGCCGUCGCCGGCGUCACCAACUACAACGCCAGCCGCACCUGCUGGACGAGCAAGCAGCCCCGUUCUGGCUCGGCGGUCGAUGCCCUUGAGCGACGUGCUGCGGCGAGUCAAGAGGGCCCGAGAAAGUAGUGCAGGCGGCGCCGCAAC